AUGCCCCUUCCUCUUCCGCAGCAGCCCUCGCCUGGCAGACGGGCACCUGCUGCUCCUGCCUGCUUUCCUUGGCUGGCCUUCCUGAUGCUUCUCUGCCAUGCCUGGGCACUGCCCAUCCAGGACAGUGACGCUCAAGAGGUGGUGCCAGUCUGGACGGCAGCGCCUUUGGGGGGAGAAGGGCAGGUUGCCUUCUCCAUCACUGCCUUCGGGGAGACCUAUGCCCUGCAGUUGGUGCCCGACGCCAGCUUCUUGGCCCCUGGGUUGAAGAUCCAGCACGUGGGGAGGAAGGAGCCCUCGGGGUUCCUUGCUGAGGAGGACCCGGGGCUCCGGAGAUGCUUCUACUCAGGGACCGUGAAUGAGGAGCCAGACUCCUUGGUGGCCGUCAGCCUGUGCCAGGGCAUCCAUGGCUCCUUCUUGGUGGAUGGAGAGAAAUACGUCAUCCAGCCUAGAGGCCACCGUGGUGGAGAUCCCUUGCUGCAGGUCCACCAGCUCCAGAAGAGAGGCUGGGCAGGAGAGGCUGGAGAGGACCUCCCAGAAGGGGGGGCCUGGAGAGAGCUCAACAGCACCGGGAGCAGGACCAAGCGGUUCACCUCAGAGGCCCGCUACGUGGAGACCCUGCUGGUGGCUGACACAUCCAUGUUCCAGUUCUAUGGGGACGAUCUGAAGAACCACAUACUCACCCUGAUGUCUGUGGCCGCUCAAAUCUACAAGCACCCCAGCCUGAAGAACUCCAUCAACUUGGUGGUGGUGAAGGUCUUGGUGGUGGAGGAUGAGAAGGUUGGCCCGGAAGUGUCUGACAACGGAGGUCUCAUGCUUCGCAACUUCUGCAACUGGCAGCGGAACUUCAACCCUCCAAGCGACCGUGACCCGGCGCACUAUGACACAGCAAUCUUGCUGACGAGACAGGAUUUCUGCGGGCACCAGAGCUGCAGUACCCUUGGAGUGGCUGAGACUGGGACGAUGUGCGACCCAAACAAAAGCUGUUCUGUGAUUGAAGACGAGGGCCUCCAGGCAGCCUACACCUUGGCCCAUGAACUAGGCCACGUGCUCAGUAUGCUUCAUGAUGAUUCCAAGUCUUGUGAGAGGCUCUUUGGGACCUUGGGGAAGCAUCAUAUGAUGGCCCCUCUGUUUGUCCACUUGAACAAGACUCUUCCUUGGUCUCCUUGCAGUGCCAUGUACAUCACAGAAUUUCUGGAUGGAGGACAUGGUGACUGCCUGCUUGAUGAACCAACCAAAGCCAUUGCCCUCCCCACCGACCUUCCGGGCCGAACGUCUCUGUACGAUCUAGAUCAUCAGUGCCAGCAGAUCUUUGGCAAGGAGUUCCGCCACUGCCCCAACACUCUGCAGGAGGACAUCUGCUCCCAGCUCUGGUGCAAGCUGGAGGCAGGAGAGCGCCUCUGCCACACCAAAAAUGGCCGCUUGCCCUGGGCAGAUGGGACACCCUGUGGGGCAGGGAAGAUGUGUAUGGAUGGCCACUGUGUGGCACAAGAUACAAUGAUACCCCAGCCUGCGGUGGAUGGGAAAUGGGGCCCUUGGAGCUCUUGGGGGCCAUGUUCCAGGACGUGCGGUGGUGGAGUGCAUUUCUCUUACAGGGAUUGCGACAACCCCAUUCCUAAGAAUGGAGGCAAAUACUGCGAAGGUCAAAGGGUCCAAUAUGAGUCAUGCCACACCCAGGACUGUCCGCCCAACGACAAGAGUUUUCGAGAGGAACAGUGCGAAAAGUACAACAAAAACAACCACACUGAUGUGAAUGGGAAUCUGCUGGAAUGGGUCCCCUUGUAUGCAGCCAUGUCACCUCGAGAUCGCUGCAAACUGAUCUGCCGAGUUAAAAGGGGGAACGAAUUCAAAGUGUUUGAGACCAAAGUAAUUGAUGGGACCCUCUGUGCCCCUGAUUCUCUUGCUGUUUGCGUACAUGGCCAGUGCAUCAAAGCUGGCUGUGACCACAUCAUUGGGUCAUCCAAGAAGUUGGACAAGUGUGGAGUUUGCGGCGGCAACAGUUUAACCUGCAGGAAAAUAAGCGGUUGGCUCAACAGAUCUAAGUUUGGGUAUAAUGAUAUCAUCACAAUCCCCGCGGGAGCAAACCACAUUGAUGUCAAACAGUACAGCCGAGGAGGAGUGAGGUUUGAUGGGAACUAUUUAGCUCUGAAGACCUUGGGUGGCAAAUACCUUCUGAAUGGCAACCUCACCAUUUCAUCCAUAGAGCAAGACAUUUUUGUGAAGGGGACCGUUCUGAGGUACAGUGGCUACAAGACCACCCUGGAACGUCUCCAGAGUUACCAGCCACUCCCAGAACCCCUCACUGUCCAGGUGCUAUCCAGGUCAAGUGAGCUUUUCCCUCCCAAGGUGUUCAAUCCCAAGGUGAAAUAUUCCUUCUUCAUCCCCAAGGAUGUCCCUUUCAGCAAGCAGAAGAGUAAGAAGAACUUGACCAAUGCCAUUAAGCUCAUGUUGACAUCGCAGUGGGUUCUGGGGGACUGGUCUGCGUGCUCCAAGUCCUGUGGAUCCGGCUGGCAGAGGCGGACAGUGGAAUGCCGAGAUGUGGAAGGGCGGCCCUCAUCGACGUGUGACCUCAAGCCUGAGGAUCUCAAACCAUGCAGCGAUCUCCCAUGCCCCAUCUGGCAGCCGGGUCCCUGGUCCCCCUGCUCCCGAACAUGUGGAAAGGGAGUGAGGACACGGAGCGCCUUGUGUAUUGACUAUGCGGGGAAACCCACCACCUCUGAGAAAUGCGGCUCUCCACAGCCACCAGCAGCAACAGCCGACUGCAUGCUGCAAGAGUGCUGAGGCAAAGCGAGGGCUAAUGCCUGGUCAGAGGCACGUGUAACAUAUGGUAACUACUAACCUAACCCGAACCGGGCUUGAUAGGGCCGAGCAAGGAUGUAGGUUUGCAAGCAAAUGUGCACUAAUUGACCUGAACAGGCCCCACUGGGUCGACCUGUUUGAAAGAUUAGCAGGCAUUGAGUAACAUCCACUCUUCUUUCUGCUUUGUCUGCCUCCAAAUUGACAUCUACCUCAGUGGAGAAAAAUUGCAUGGGGUUGUUGAAUCAUGAGAUUUCUUCUUAAUGUUCCUUUUGUAGGCCAAUAUUUAACAUCUGAGGAGAAAUAUAAAUGUAUUCUAGGCUGUUCCCAAAGAUAACUCAACUCUCACCCACACCUUCAUCAAGCCCCCAGUGGGUCAUCAUAGGGAAAUCGUUUUUAAAAAUCCAUCGGAGGCAAGUUAAUCCCUACAAAUGUCUCCAAAAUGCAUCUGUAGUCACCAGGAUGAGAAUGAUCCAGGGUGGGCCUGUAUACCACAACCCACUCUUGCCCUUCUAUGGGACUUGGUGUGAGUAGCUUCACCCUUCUCUGCCCUCAAUAUUUAUGCUUCCUAGUCAACAGGGUCCUUCUAGAACAGUGGUCUUCACUAUUUUUCAAAUGGGGGCCACUUUGGCCAAAAAAAACCCAAGAAACCCUUCAUUGUAAGAGCCAUUUGCCACUGUGCUGACCUCACAUAGUACUAUACUUUUCUCAGUGCUGGGAGGGCCCUUUAAGAGCAUUGGAGCUCUCUUGAAAGCUCUAGGAGGAAAGUGCUGGGAAGGGCUACAAUUUGUGCAUGCCCUCCAAGAUGGUGCAGAGGCUCAAGAGGGCUCAGUUUUCCUCAAACAAGUCCUCCAGCAUUGGGCAGCAUGCAGCACUGCAAAGUGGGAAUGACAGUCUCCACAUGGAGCUAGGGGGACUGUGCAGAGUAUUCAGUUUUGGCCAAAGCUUCACACAGGCCCAAAACACAAUUCAUUCAGAAGAUGCAUUUAGGGUUGAUGGGGGCCACCACUGGCCCCUGGGCUUUACAAUGAACACUGUUCUAGAAUAAUUUAUUUUCCAAAUCUGGCCUCAGCUUAAGCAGCUGAAAAAACAGGGCUCACGAUUGAAACCUGUUCUACAGGCUUUAGGGAGGAUUAAGUGAAAGCUUAUCCAGUGCUUCAAAGGUAAACAUGUGAACGUCUUUCUUUCAGGGGUUCAUUAGCUGUGGUCUGCAGUUGACUGGUGUUCCAUGAGACUUUGAUCAAAGUUCUGCAGCUUUUUAUUAAAGCAGCAUGUCUUGGGAAAUGGCAUCUUAAUGGUGCUAUUCAACCAUGAAUGACAUCUUAAUGGUGCUAUUCACCCCAUGGUUGUUGGGGAUUCAAAAUGGAAAGUGUCAUCCAUAUUUCCAUUUCUCGCCUUGCAAUGACCACCAUGUUGGAAAUGUAGUUGUUACUACCGAUAUGAAUGCUGGCAAUAGGAAGAAGGAUGCUAUAAAGGUCUGAUUUUAGCAUCUAUGGAAGAAACACCUCCCCCACUCCAGUUUUAUAGUGUAGGAGAAACAAUUGACUUCAUGUCUCCUCCCCCAGCUUUUGGGAUACAACUCCCCCAGGAAAUAUAUUUUAAAAUAAGUAGCUUUGGUGCUUAAAAAUUAUUAUCGGCUGAUAGAUCACCAAACAAUGGUGCUGUUGUAGCCUGCAAAUCAAACUCAUCUGGGGUUGGACUUUUGUGGAUCAGGAAGUGAAGCCAACAAACAAACUUGAUGAACUAAGAGUCCACAAAAACGUCUGAGACUCUACAGAAGCUCAAUGAUCCAAAACAUUUGGAAGCCUUUGCUCUGUUGUGUAAUGCAAGCCAAGACAGGAAUCUCAGGCACUUCUUGUCUCCUGUUGAGCACAGCUGAGCAUUUCCUCAUCCACAGAAACCCUUGGUGGCUUCCAGUCCAUUGUGUACUUGUCAGCUAUGUCUUUAGAUAAGGAGAUUAUUCACAAAAAGGAACCUUAUCUACGCAAUAUGUUAUGUCCUGUAAAUAGUUUGCCCAGUUUCCAUGUGCAUACAGAUAUGUCAUUUUUAUACAUAUAUCUCCAGACUUGUUUUACUAGUAAAUUUUAUUAAAUGCUUCAUGUUGUUCAUCUAGCUUUCAAAUGGAGGUGGUUCAAGACUCAUACACAUGAAACAGGGAAAUGGGGAUUCAGUGUUGCAUUGCUGAUACUGUAAUAAGGAAAUGUGUGUCAAAAUAUAGCCAUUUCUGCUGUCCCUGUUUUAAGUGUAUAGUAGCAUCAUGCUCAAAGCUAAUACAUCUGAUCUAUGUUGUUUAGAAAGAGUGUGAUGAUGUUCACGUGAAGUGUGAACUUCCCCUUUUUGGCCAUUUUUGGCACUCCUUAUGUCUGCUUACUAAAUGGCACUGCCCUUACUCUCAAUUACUUCGUGACAUGAGCACAUAGCUAAAAUUGAUUGGCUAUGUAGCAUUGUGAUGGCACACAAUGUGUGAUCCCUGAUUGGCCUUCCCUGAGUAAUCCCUGAUUGGCCAUGUGACUAUUAUAGAAAGGAGAGGAAAGCAGCAGCCAGGGGAAAUAAUGGCACCAAACAGGGUCAAAUAAGAUGUUGUGUGGGAAACUUUUUUUUUUUUUUAAACCAACCCCACCAACUGUUAGCUUCCACUUGAAAAUUGGAACUGGGGACAAUUUAGCACAGGUUUAACUUUACUCUGUAAUACCACCCUUGAAUCCCAGUCCUAACCUUGUUUCCUUGGAAGUACAAUUUAUUUCCAGCAUUCAUAUUUAGGAUUGCAAAUGCAGCCCUAAUUAGUAUUAUGGACAACUUGCAAAUAUUAAAUGCUGGAUAUGGGUUUAUCCAUUCUUCAAAUAAUAUUACUGUGUAGUUUAUUAAAAGGUACUUGUGGCGUUCCUGAUAUAUAGUGUCCUCAUCUAAGAAAGGUUAUUUGUUUUAGAUUGCUUUUGCCCAGAAUAAGAGGCAGAAAGUAUAACAAUAGUCACAGCCACUGCUGAAUUGUGUCCAUUAUACACACUAAUGUGUGUAUAAUGUGUGUCACAAACACCGCUGAAAUUUUGCAGCUGAGCAGAUGCAAAAGGUAGAUGCAAAAAGUAGUGCAGACCUGUGUUCACUUUCACCCAAAUCAUAAGCACACCUUGUGAAAGUCGGUUCCACGGAUCUCCAUGAGAUUCAACGUGUAGCAGGCUUACUACAUUAUGAAGCAACUCUGUGUCUGCUACACAGUGCUGAUUGUGGGGGUGUGUGGGGAGAUUGCAAGGGAUAAGCAGUGGGCAUGAGAAGGACAAAGUAUUCCUCUCGCCCACCCGUUCGCCCAUUCAAUUAGAUGUAUGUUUGGAAAGCAAGUGUGUGUUGGCAUAAUCAUGUACAGCAACUCCCUCGGUGCUGUGCAGUGGGCCCCACCCAGGCUCAGCCAUGCUUAACCAGCAAUGAAACGAAAAGCAUUCCGUGACCCAGCCCCACUGAUUGCAGCAGGAAGUCUGCUUCUCUGUCUCUGGAUCGUAUCCAGUGGCCGCGAUCCAGCCAUGUGAUAUGCUCCUUGAACAGGGCUCCUGCGACCACACUCCCACUCUUCAUCAGGUCUCACACCAAAAGUUCUAAAAUGCCUUUAAACUUAGGAUGGGGCAACUGGCUCCUGAGAGGACAACUGUCUGAAGAACUCUGGGGAAUGUGCAGAGCUGGUAUACACAGGCCCAGCUUGUGUCGGGGGUGGGGGCAAGGCAAGAGUAGCCUAUCACAGGGCAUACAGCCAUUGAGUGCCCUUCUUGGUCAGUGUAGUGAGCAAGCCUGACCUGGAAGCAUUUAUAUAGAGGUCAGGGAAGUAUCACAUGACUUCCUCUGGCCUGGUUUGCUGGCCUGGUUAGUUGCUUUCCAUUUCCCCCCUUUGGCCAGAACUUGGUGGAAGCAUACAAGCUGAAACCUCAUAUGAUAUCUCUCAGGUCCCAGGUUCAGGACUUUCAUGGCUUUGGGUUGCAGUCGCUGGUUGAAUUCAGACGUAACAGGAAACCAGAGGUCCCUUCUCCUCCAGUUUCCUCACCCACCCAUCCGAAUUCCGGGAAAUGUUUCACCACCGCAAACUCCAUUUCUGCGGCGCCAGCAUUACAUCCAAAUGUUUGCACCGCCAUUUCAACUCCACGGAGCGAGAGUUGAUGGAGGAAGCUCCUCCCUCCCUCUGGCCUGACUGGCUGUGCGAGCUGUCCUCCUUUCAAGAAGGAAGCCCACACAGCCAACUCUCCCGCCUCUCUGCAGUCUCGCUGACUGCACGAGGCAGUUCUCCAGAAUGUCCCCCGGUG